AUGAGAUACAAAUUGCUAUGCUCUCUAAUCAGUAUUCUAAUCGUUCUCCUCGCUAUCCUACUCCGCAACGAACAAAGAGCCUAUCGAUGGGAGAGACAGGAUGGGUCGUCAAGAUCGACAAUGCGCGCCCGCUCAGAGCUGGAUGAAAAGUUGAUCAAGCGCCUAGGAGACUUUGACCACAAAACGCGAUUUGCCGUUAAAAAGUGCAACCGCUACGAGAUCGACUGGCUAUGGAACGAUCAGAAAGAAUAUCUAGGGCACAUCAAGGCCUAUCAAAAUUGCCUAGCGACGAUGAAGAAGAUCAAGGCAAAAAAUCUCGCCUCCCUUGGCUCCCAACCUACUUGCUCUUGCGGGGGUAUGGAGGGCGAGUGGUCAUUGAAAAGACUGGAUCAAUGCGAUGUCAAGAGGGCUGUGCUACGUGCCGCGAUGAGCGACAAGAAUUGGAAUAAUAAGAUAUUGGAGGAUGAAUUGGAAUAUAUGGACAAAAUCGCGGAGCUGUUGCGACCUUUAGAGCUUCUAGGAUAG